AUGUUAUCUCGAUUGUUUGAUGCCCAUGGGCAACUGUGUGCGGGUCAUCCGUGGGAAGUCCUCAUUGCCACAGUCACUGUUACCACCUCCCUGAUGUCCAUGAGCCUCUGGGCCACCAACCGAAACGCCUGUGGCUGGAACCACGCCUGCACCAGUGACCAGGAGACAAAAAUUUCUGAUGUGGUUAUUCUGUCACUCACAAGAUAUCUGGCCGUCAUCUACAUUUAUUUUCAGUUUAGGAAUCUACGCAAACUUGGAUCCAAAUAUUUACUUGGACUGGCGGGAGUGUUCACAAUAUGCUCCAGCUUCAUCUUCAGCGUUGCCAUAGCCAACCUGGUGGGGUUUGACUUUAAUGGACUCAAUGAAGCACUGCCAUUUUUUCUGUUGCUUGUCGACCUGUCCAAAACGGGAGCUCUGUCUAGAUUCACCUUGACUGCUGCCAAUCAGGAUGAACUCCAGAAGAACAUUGGUCGAGGAAUGGCCGUCAUUGGUCCAGCCAUCACUCUGGAUGUUCUGGUUGAGACUCUAGCUAUUGGAGUUGGUACACUGUCUGGUGUCCCGAAGCUGGAAACCUUGUGCUGCUUUGGUUGCCUGUCAGUCAUUGCUAACUACCUGGCAUUCAUGACAUUUUACCCAGCCUGCCUUUCUCUGAUCCUUGAGAUUUCUCAGGGUCGAGUCUUUGGAAAACCCUUGCGACAUCUUCAGCAGUUAUCCAGGAUCUUGCAGAAAGAAGAAGAAGAGACGAAACCAAAUCCGGUGACCCAGCGUGUUAAAAUAAUUAUGUCAUUUGGCCUAGUGCUUGUGCAUGCUCACAGCCGGUUAGCUUCAGAGACAGCUGUGUUUCCUGGUUCACAUCUGGCCGCUGUCAGUUUGUUGCCUGAUUCUGGAGAUCAGUGUACACUUCCUCGUCAGCCAUUAUGGCAGUUUUAUGUUGGCAGGUUCCUGACCUCACAUUUAGACUAUGGGCUUGCACUGAUCUUGACCCUUGCCCUGGGGGUCAAAUAUGUCUUCUUUGAUGACCAUCUGGAUCAGGUGGUUGGGAAUUUGCUGAAGGACCAAGCAAAGAUGGACAAACAACCGCUUGAAGUGGACAAACAACCGCUUGGAGUGGACAAACAACCACUUGGAGCUUGUGUAAAGAAUAGUUACACUUCAGAAACCUGCAGAAUGCCUCUACAAGACAGUAGCACAUGUAAUCAUAAAACGAAGCCAGCAUUUUACCUGGGUUCUCGAGAUACAGAAGAUAAUUUUUGUGAUGAAAGGUUCAGAGAAGAUAAGAAGAUAUACAACAACAAGCAGACACAAACUGACUCUGAGAUCAUCUUUUUGGGUCAGUCGCAGUUUGAUGUCAGUGAGUCAGGUGGUCACUGUCUCUAUAAACUGACCAGUGCACCAGCACGAAGUCGGGAUGAAUGUCUGACCAUUAUGAACUCUGAGCAUGGUGCUGAAGCACUAACAGAUGAAGAGGUUCUGAUGUUGGUCAAGUCUAGAGAUAUCCCUGCCUACAAACUGGAGAACGUUCUGGACAGCUACGCUAGAGGAGUGGCUAUCAGACGGCAAAUGCUGGUUGAGAAAUUGCCCUCAAGGACAGCUCUUGAUUCACUGCCAUACCUCAGUUAUGACUACAAAUAUGUUGACGGAGCCUGUUGUGAGAAUGUGAUUGGCUACAUGCCUGUCCCAGUUGGAGUCGCUGGCCCACUGCUGCUGGACGGUCGGCUGUAUUACAUACCUAUGGCCACAACAGAAGGUUGUUUGGUCGCCAGCACAAACAGAGGAUGUCGAGCGCUAGAGCAGAGUGGAGGAGUCACUAGUAAUAUUACAAAUGAUGGCAUGACUAGAGGUCCUGUGGUUCGAUUCCCAACUGCAAUGAAGGCCAGUGCUAGCAAGCGGUGGUUGGAAGAUCCAGACAACUUUGUUCUGAUGAAGAAAUGGUUCGACACCACCAGCAGGUUUGCUAGACUGAAGAAGCUGCAUGUUGGUCAGGCUGGACGGAGUCUCUACCUGAGGUUUGUGUCCACUACUGGAGAUGCAAUGGGGAUGAACAUGUUGUCUAAGGGAGUUGAGAAGUGUUUGAACAGGUUGCAGGAUAUCUUCCCCGACAUGGACAUGGUCAGCCUCAGUGGUAACUUCUGCACUGACAAAAAGCCUGCAGCAAUCAAUUGGAUUGAAGGCAGAGGCAAGUCAGUUGUUUGUGAGGCCGUAGUGAAGUCACAUGUGGUCCGAAAUGUUCUCAAGACAACAGUGCCUGCUCUAGUUGACCUCAACAUCAGCAAAAACCUGGUAGGCUCAGUCAUGGCUGGCAGUAUCGGAGGAUUUAAUGCUCAUGCUUCCAACAUUGUUACAGCCAUAUACAUCGCAACUGGCCAGGACCCGGCUCAGAAUGUUACAAGCUCAAACUGCAUAAUUCUGAUGGAAGCUAGCGGACCUUACAGUGAUGACCUUCACAUUACCUGUACAAUGCCGUCUAUAGAAGUCGGCACAGUUGGGGGUGGCACUGUCCUGCCUCCUCAAGCUGCCUGUCUGGAGAUGCUCGAGGUCAAGGGAUCCCAUGUUGAGAACCCCGGAGAGAAUGCUCAACGCUUUGCUCGAAUUGUGUGUGCAUCAGUUUUAGCAGGCGAGCUGUCCCUGAUGUCUGCACUGGCUUCUGGCCACCUGGUCAAAUCACAUAUGAAGCACAACAGGUCCACCAUUAACAUGGCCCCUACAGUGACCAGUCCAACAGUGUCCUUUCCUGGCACAUGCAUCAGUCAAGUUUCAUAA